AGUCUUAUUCGAGUAGCCAAUCAACUUGUUGCUAACCGAAGGUGUGUCGUGUAACGUUGCUAAAGUGUAAAAAAAAAGGAAAAAUAGGACAAUCACGCAAAAGUUGACUUGAUAAACGGAAAAAAAACCUGGAUUUCAGUGGUCCACGAGAUAAACUAUAACUGGGACCUAAUCAAACAAAUUAGAAACCAAAUAGUGAAGUGUCAAAGAUGUCAGAGAAGAAAUCUUGUCCAGUUGACCACUCAGGUGAAGGUGAGGUCAACAGUGUAUUCAGACAGUGGAAACGUCCAGACCUGCCCAGUAAAUGUACCUACACACUGGACACCCCACUGGACCAGUCACCUCACAUCCAUGUCAACGUGGAACCUCGCCCCAAGAUUCUACCCAACAUCCUCUACAACAUUGGCAAUACACCCCUGGUGAGGCUGAACAGUAUCCCAGCUAAAGAGGGCAUUGAGUGUGAAGUCUUGGUCAAGUGUGAGUUCUUCAAUGCCGGAGGUUCAGUCAAAGACAGGAUUGGCCUGAGGAUGGUGGAAGAUGCUGAGAAGAGUGGCCAGAUCAAACCUGGUGAUGUCCUCAUUGAGCCAACCUCAGGGAACACGGGAAUUGGUCUGGCACUAGCUGCUGCUGUGAAAGGCUACAGGUGUAUCAUUGUGAUGCCAGAAAAGAUGAGUAUGGAGAAGGUGGAUGUACUAAGGGCCCUGGGUGCUGAGAUUGUCCGUACACCCACCAGCGCGUCCUUUGAUUCCCCCGAGUCACACAUUGGUGUCGCCAAACGUCUGAUGGAGGAAAUACCAAACUCUCACAUACUGGACCAGUACCGCAAUGCCAGCAACCCACUAGCACACUUUGAUUCAACAGCAGAAGAAAUUAUUGACAGCUGUGAAGGUAAACUGGACAUGGUUGUGCUGACAGCUGGCACAGGUGGAACCUUGACCGGCAUCUCACGUAAGAUCAAAUCCAAGUGUCCAGACUGUAAGGUUAUUGGAGUGGAUCCUGUAGGUUCUAUACUAGCCCAGCCAGAGUCUUUGAAUAAAAGUGACAUCUCAUUUUAUGAAGUUGAGGGUAUAGGCUACGACUUUAUCCCUACAGUCUUAUCAAGAGAGUAUGUGGACAAGUGGUACAAGAGUGUGGACAAAGAAUCAUUUAUCAUGUCCAGGAGGUUAAUCAGAGAGGAGGGACUUUUGUGUGGUGGAAGUUGUGGAUCUGCUAUGUACUGCGCUAUUCAAGCCAUUAAAGACUUCGGCCUGAAGAAAGGACAGCGCUGUGUGGUCAUCCUACCAGACUCCAUCAGGAACUACAUGUCCAAGUUUUUAAGUGAUGACUGGAUGAGCCAGAGAGAUUUCUUGGAACUGAGCCAGAUGGAGCCAUCCAAGAACUGUUUAAGCAGUAAAGUUUGGUGGUCCAACUUAAAGGUCAGCUCUCUGAAGCUGUUAGCACCUUUGACUGUCAUGCCCACAGUGACCAUUCAGGAGACUCUUGACCUACUCAACAAGGAAGGUUUUGACCAGGUUCCUGUUGUGGAUGAGUCAGGAGGCAUUCUUGGAAUGGUGACAGUCAGCAACAUGAUGUCACAAAUAGUGAAAAACAAAGUCAACCGUGGUGACCCCGUGUCAAAGGUCAUGUACAAACAGUUCAAACAGGUCCAUAUGGAUACAUCCCUCGGGCAGCUGUCGCGGAUGUUGGAUACAGAUCAUUUUGUUCUGGUUGUUCAUAAUCAAAGACAAUCCCCCUCCUUUGAUAUUUCUGUAGAUGGCGCUGGUGGUAAAGUUGAGAGCAAGCAGAUGAUCUUUGGCAUUGCAACAAGAAUAGAUCUCUUAAACUUCAUCACCAAAGACACUCAGGAACCAUAACUUAUCAUCUUUCUAAUUGGAACAUUUUGUUUUGAUCCUAUCAUCUUUUUUGUACUUUGCUUGAGAGGGUAUUUUGAUGUUUUAUUAUAAAUGGGUGAUGACAUUUGAAUUAUUUAUGUAACAUUCAAGUUUAUAUGAGUGUUUUGAUAUAUAUGGGGGACCAUUUAUUUGAAAAACUUACUUGGUUCUGACAACGAAGUUCAAUACAUACAAAUACAUUUACAAUUGAAAUCUUUACUGUAUGUUUUUAAAACUUUAAUUACAAAUUUAGUGCCUAAAUUAAAAAAAAUUUGAAGUUCAAGUUUGUCUGAAAUUUAACUUUAAAAACAAAGCACUUCAGUAAAGAUAUGUUCUUCUUUUGUUUGUUUUAUAACAUUGUUUGAAGCUCCAUACAUUAUAGACAUGCAAAAAUCAAACUUUAUCUUAGACUCUGGGUUUUAAACAUGACAAUUAUUUUUGUAAAAAGUUAAAUGAAUGUUUCAAUAAAAUACUUUUUUUUCUGUUUAAAGUAAUGCUCCUCAAAUUGAACUAAACUUUCAUCAAUAUAAAUGAAUAACAUUGUUACCAAUCUCUGUAAUGGCCAGUAGGACAUCUAGCUAUACAGUCUGCCAGUUAUUGAUACUGGCAUGUAUCCGUCUUUUUUUUUUUUACACAGAAGUAUUGAAAUAAAAUAUUAGCAUAGUGUCAACCUUAAUUAUCUAUUACUUUCCUUGUUUGGCCAAAUUAAAAAAACAUGCUUGCCAAAUUGGAAAAAAAAAGCCAAAUUGGAAAUCUCAAAAAAUAUCCUGUCAUGUCACAUAAUAUCACUGUAUUUAAAACAUGCUUAAAUACAUUUUUGUGGCAGGUGAUAUAGAUUUUUGUUGACUAGUUGUUUCUAUGCAAAAACAAAUAAUAAUCUUACCAUUAUACAUUGUUGGAAAGCUGCCUCUAUCUUAAUUUGAAUGUAGAAAUAAUUUUUUUAUCUUCACAUUACUUUUAUGUAGGCACACAUAAAACUUUCUCAUAGCUCUAAAUUAUGUCAGUUUAUUACAAUUCUAAAAAUGGGCAUUAUAAUAUCAGUGCUGUAAUAUAAAAUACUCACUACAAUAUACCGGUGUAUGUUGGCAUUGUAGGGUGUUAAAAAUUUAUCUAACGGAAUAAAUGAAUUAUUUAAGUUGUCAGACAUUUACUUUUACAACAGCCAUAUUGUUAACUUUUAUACCAGUACAGAAUUGUAUUUCUUACAUGUAUUUCCUUAUACAAUCUAGCUUGCUUUAUUUUAUUUUUGAUAACUAUCUCCUUGUAUAGUCUUGAUCUUUGCAGAUGUUUCUUGUUAAGUAUCCAAGUAAUGUUUACAAGUAAAUUAUCUACAAAUUUUGUUCAAAGUUGUUUUCAAAUACUUGAUUUGAUUUGGGUGCAAAUAAACAAAAUUGCAAUUUUUAAGCUAACAUGGAAAGACUGUUAUUAAUUAAACUUGUUGAAACGUUUUUA